UGUCAGUGACUGUGAUAGAUUUACCAAAAUCUGAGUGGAUGAUCAUUCCGAAAUUAAUUAAUUAAACUUCCUGCUUUUCCUGCUACAAUACGAGUGAUCCUCUCUGUGAAACAUUAACCAAAGAAAUUGUCUCUUCAAUAACAAUGGGUGAAGUAUCUCUGGAAACUGCGGCGUACGCUAAAAUUAUCUUACAUGCGGCCAAAUAUCCCCAUUGCGCUGUGAAUGGUGUUCUCUUAGCGGAUGGCACUAAAAUCAGAGACGGAGCUAAGAAUCAGGACUUAGAUAUUGUGGACACUAUCCCCUUGUUUCACCAUAGCCACUAUUUGUCACCAAUGGCAGAGAUAGCUUUGACCCAGAUAGAGACUGUGGCGCAAGCAAAUAACCGUGUGAUAGCUGGUUAUUAUGCAGCCUGUGAGAACUUCAAAGACAAUACUGUAGAAAAAUGUCCAGGGCAGAAGAUUGCUGAGAAAAUUGCUGAGCAUUUCCCAUCAGCAGUGUUCAUUGUGGUGGACAAUAAGAGGAUGUUGCAACAUCUAGACACUCCUGCCAUUAAGCUGCACAAGUUAUCAGAUGGAAAGUGGAAGCUCAAGGAUGCAAACAAAGUCAUGUUCCAGACUCCAUAUGUUUUGGAGACAGUGUCACACUUACUGCAACGCGGUGUCCAAAAGGAUUUAGUGGACUUUGACAAUUAUUUGGACGAUUUGUCCCAGGAUUGGACCAAUCUUGGCAUUGAGAAGUUGAUUGCUAGCAUCAAUGCUUCUAACACAAUAGACUGUAAGGAGGAUGAAAAACUAUUCCGAUAAUGCUAAGGGAAUAUUCUAUUAGUACAUUUAGUGAAAUAAUUUCUGUUUUAGCACAAUGUAAGCCUGAGUAAGUGCCUAGUGCUUGUUUGCCCUAAGGUGAUUCUGAUUGGCCAGCUCCAAGUUAACCAAUCAAUCACAGGGAU